AUGGACAUUGUUACUUGCUGUGGCAGCCAGCGAGGUGGGCAGGGUGCCACUGUUGCCAUUAUUGCGCGGUUCAAAGAGAAGGAAGGUUGGUCGGUCAGCCAAGACUGCGGCUCAACAGCCGAAGAUCGUUUCAGUGUCCAGGCCCUGGAGGGCCCUGUGGUUUGUCGUCCCCCAGCCUGGCCACACCUCCUCGCCGACUGGCAGGGGUGGGGGUGGGGCGUGGCGGCCUUCCGCGGCUCCCAGGUGCGGCCUGCUCCGAGGGCUGGCCCAUCCGGUCUGCCCAUUGGCGGGAUAUGCCUGUAA